AUGGAGACAUCUGCCUACACGGAAGAAUGGCUGACAGGUCCGACCUCGACCAAAUUCUACGCCCGUGCAUACUCCGCCGAUUCCCCUAAGGCCGUUCUCAUCUAUGUCCAUGGGGCCGCAGAACACACUGGACGAUAUACUCAAACGCACUCCGCGCUUGCCUCCCGUGGCGUCACCGUCGUCGCAUAUGAUCAGCGCGGAUUUGGGCGCACGGCAUUGGACAUCGAACGCAAGAGCAAGGACAGCUCUUACGGGAAGACAUCGUUGGCUCAGCAGCUUCAGGACCUCGAAUGGUUCGUGAAACAUGUCCAUCACCGAUAUCCCGACCUGCCCAUCUUCUUGAUGGGAUUCUCUAUGGGCGGCGUGGUUAUCCUAAGUUUCGCAACGUGCGAUGAUGCACCUCCCGCGAAAUCCACCGUGGCUUUGCUGUCCGGAGCGAUUGCAGCUGCUCCUACGUUUCUGUUGACUAAGUCACCAUCAAAGUUCGUUCGCUGGGCAGGCGAGAAAGUACGAGCUAUCGCGCCUAACCUGGUGUAUCCCAUCCAGAACAAGACAGAGGAUCUAUCUCGGAACGCGGAGACAAACAAGGCGUACGAAGAGGACCCAUUCGUGAAGACGCCCGGAAGUCUUAGAGGAAUUGGAGAUGCUCUCGAUGCCGGAGAGGAGCUGCUCUACAAGUCCUAUCAGAACUGGCCGCCCGAGCUGCCUAUUCUCAUCCUUCAAGGAGCCGACGACCAGGCUUCUUCUAUCUCGCAGGUGUCUCUCCCAAGCGCCACAGAACAGUUCUUUGAAAGACUGCCAGCCACUGAUAAGAAGCUGAGCAUCUAUUCGAACGCAUGCCACGAACUGCACAAUGAGCCGGAAAGUGUGAAGGAACAGUAUCUCGAUGAUUGCGUAAAGUUUAUAAAAUUCCACCUGCGCUCGGCGUCGUGA